CCACUUCCCUGUGCUGUCCGUGAGCCGAAAAACAGUCAGUCUAGACCCUGUCAAGACAUCCCUGCGCUAUAAAGCGCUUUUUGAUGGCGGGCACCUCAAUCAGCGUAUCCAGCGCGCAGACUUCGCUGGAAACUGGGUCUGCAAGGCCAACUUUGACGGCGGAGCCGACGUCGCAAAGUCAGACAUCGUAAUCUUUUUCAUCCAUGGUACGUCCCCUAUGGUACCCUCCUCAACCUCUUCUAAGUCCCCACCCCCGCCAUUCUAAUCCCCAAUUUCAGGCGGCGCGUAUGUAACCGGCCACCUACACCAAUACAUGCCUCUCCUUCUCCGCCUAUCCGAGACCAUCUCCGCCACCAGGGGCCUUACCGUCUCUAUCUUUGCCCUCGACUACUCUCUCGCCCCCGAACACCCCUUCCCUUGCCAACUUUCCCAAGCUGCAACAGCGUACACGUACCUCACCACUGAACUAAACAUUCCCCCCUCUAACAUCGUGCUCACGGGCGACUCCGCGGGGGGUUCGAUCGCGCUGUCACUGCUUACACAUUUGCGCCAGCCGAAUCCCGGGGUGGAAAUGGUGCUGCCGAGGGAGGAAAAGCCAAAGGCACUGUUCUUGCUGAGUCCCUGGGUUAGCCUGGCGAGUGAGAAGGGGUAUAAGGAGAAGGAGGCGAGCGAUAUAUUGCAUCCCGCGAGUUUGGCGGGGUGUGUGCGCUACUUGCUGCCUACUCCUGCUGCCGUUGCAGACGCAGCGCCGUAUCUUGAGUUCGCCACACCAACGCCUAGUCGCUCGUGCAACUUUAACGAGUUGUUGCCUGAGCACGUGUGGGUGUCUGCCGGCGAAGACGAGAUUUUUCUGCAUAAUAUUACGAGCUUCGUGGAUGAAGCCAGGAAGAGUGGGGUUAAGGUGGAGUACGAGAUUGAGAGUGGGAAAUUCCAUGAUUGGCAGCUUUUUGAUAGUGUGCAGAAUGCUGGGGUGUUUUUGGGGAAGGAGAGGGGGGCGAGAGAUGAGGGAGAGAUGGAGGGCGUGGAGAGGAUUGGGAGGGCAGUUGCGGGGGUUUUUGAUUGAGGGGUGUGGAUGCGCGGAUAGGGAUGGAA